UCUGGGGAUCUGAAUGUGUUAAUUAUCUUGCUGUCAAUGCAGGCCUCGCUGAGCCAUCAGAUUUUAUCAAAAAUAUCUUAAUUUGUGUUCCGAAGGUGAACGAAGGUCUUACGGGCGUGGAACAACAUGAGGGUGAGUAAUUAAUCACUGAAUUUUCAUUUUUGGGUGAACUAACCCUUUAACUGCUGUUCUAUCAUGAAGCAAGUGUUGGAAUAGGUGAUGGUUAUCCUGGUAAGGAUAGUAACCUUGCUUCUGUUUGUGGCUGAUUUUACUGCAGUAUCAGAUCCAACCAAUCAGAAAGUUCAUAGGAUUUAUUUAUGUGGGGUCUCUGAGACCCAGAGUCAUUUUUCAUGGAGGAUGUUGUUUUAAAACAGUCAUCAAAUGGUAAUAAUAAAUGUGAAGACGAUGAGGACACCUGCUGGUCAAAAACGUCUAAAUGCAGUGGCAAGACUAAACACAAGCAGCUGGAACUAAUGACUAAUGAAUAAAUGACUAAAAACAAGAAGCUGUAACUAAUGACUAAUGAAUGAACCAGGAAGUUCUGGUUCCAGCCUGUGCUGCUGAGUGGGUUACGACUGCAGCUCUGUUUUGCAUUGUUUUGAAUCUUACUAUUAUUCUUUGUCGUUUAAACUGCUAAAUAUAACUUAGGGGCCAUUUACCUGACAGUUUUCAACUUUUUAUGCGCUUUGGCCGUUCAUUUACAUGACAACGGCAUUUAGGGGGCCUGAAAAAGCAAGUUUUUGAAAACGGGUUGAUAAUGAUACCACAGUUGUCUCUGUGUAAACAACAAAAACUCAAAUUUGCAUAUUACAUGUGUAUAAGUUCAGUCUAUAGGCACAUAGUGUUUCUUUACAAAGUGACAUCGCCAACUAGUGGCCUGGCAUGCAUAACACAAGAGUUUUUAGUCGUUUUUAUGGAUCUUUCUUGGUUGAAAUCGCAUGGCCACCCCAAAGGGGGCCCCUAAAAUAAUCACCAAAUUUGGCCCCGCUAGCGAUGGCAUUGGCUAUGACUGCUGCUUACCUUGUUGACCAAUGGUGAACGAAAUGUUCCUCCAAGCAUUGUUUUUUAUAUUAAUAUUGUGGUAGUCUGGGUAUGUCAUCUGGUACGGACAUGGAUACUCAGAGACCAGCAGUAUUCUUGCUAAAACAAAGUCAUUGUACAUGUAGAAAGUGGUGGUUAGUUGUCCCGCUCCUGCUCCAUUGUGAAUUAUUAAAUACAUGGCACUCCUACUGCAGCAAUUUUAAAAAAUAUGCUGGCCUCUGGAAAGAAAGAAAUUUAAAAACUCACCAUGCAGGAUUGUUUCACACAUUUAGCAGCUGUUAAUAUUUAAAUUGCUUGUGUUAAGAUGCAGGUAUUUGCACUGCGUGAAAGUGGUGCAACUGUUUAGUGCACCUGUCUCAAUUUAAUGUGUUUCUAGCCUGGAAAAUAAUGAAGAUUUAGCAAAGGAAUUUUCCUGUGAUGCAAUGAUUGUAAGAAAAUAUCUAAUAACUGAAUACCUAACUUGUAAAAUGUAAUAUAAAAAUAGUACUCUGUAUUCAACAACUACUUCAACUAGAUUCAUGCUCUAUAACGUCAGUAAAACCAGACCUUACCUCUCUGAUUAUGCUGCACAGCUCUAGUCCUGCCACCUUUUAUCUCAAAACUUUUCUUCUGCGAUGCUGUACCUGCUGGCUUUUCAGGUUCAGAUGAUCCAGAGUGAUUUAAAGUGUUGCCUAUACAAAUAAAUGUACACAUAAAUUCAUCCUUAUUCAUUUUACAUGAAUUGUAGAGGCUAUUCAAUAUAUUGCAAUUCAUCUAUUCAGAAAGGUACUUCUUCAUUCAAGAUUUACCAAAAUUAAGCCCAAGCCUACUUCUCUGUGACAUCCUUUCAGCCAUAGUUCCCCAUUGUUGAAAACCAUGGCAUUCGUUCCUCAUAUUCAAAGAUUGCUACUAAGGCUGACUCACAUUUUUAUGACGGUCAAGAUCACUCAAAAAAUGAGUUUCUUCACUAUAAGUGCUUUCAUGAUAUGUUUUUCCAUAGGUGCUGGAGAAUCAUGCGCUGAAAUUACAGAGAAUCUGCACUACUCAUGCAUGGGAAGAAACCUCAGCUCCAUACCACCCAGUAUUCCUUCAUCUGUUCAAACUCUGGAUUUCAGUUUUAAUGUUUUGAAACACUUACAGAAGACUGUAUUCCCAGUUUUGUCUUUUCUGAGAGUUCUUGAUCUGUCAAGAUGCCACAUCAAGCACAUUGAAAAUGAUGCUUUCUACAAUGUGAAGAAUUUGACUACUUUGAUUCUCACUGGAAACCCUGUUACAUAUUUUGGACCUGGAUGCUUGAAUUCUUUACAUAAUCUAAGGAGACUAGUUCUUGUGGAUGUUGGUCUCGCAUCCUUACAGCUUCAAAUGAAUAACCUAACCAAGCUACAGGAACUUAGAGUUGGAACAAAUAACAUCCAGUCUGUGUCUCUCCCUCCAUUCAUGAGCUCCUUUAAAGAGUUCAGUUUACUUGAUCUACAUGCCAAUAAUAUAUCCAUCAUCAAAACUGAUCACACAGUUGUGUUGCGAAAGAUUGGCAGAAACAUGACUUUGAUUCUCUCUAGGAAUCCAUUAUUAUACAUUGAACCAGGAGCUUUCAAAGAUGUUUAUCUCAGACAGCUGGAUAUCCGAUCUGCCUUUGUUUCAUUUGCUGCUCAGAAAUUUGGUCUAAAAGCUCUAUAUGGUCUUAAUGUCAAAAAAUUGUUAUUUGGAAAGUUCAGGGGAGAUUUCAAAUUUAAAUACUCAGAUGCUAAUAUUUUAGAUGGCCUUUGCUCUAUUUUUUUCCAGGAAGUAUAUUAUUAUAUUAGUGAUAGGCCUGAUGAACUAAUUUCUAUCUUUCCCUGUAUGAUUAAUGCUACAAUUGUGGUUGUGAAGGAUGGUGUAAUUGGUGAUAUGGAGUAUGUAUUUUUUCAUGAACUCAAGGAACUUUACUUGAUUUCCAAUCACUUAUCUAUUUUGCCAGGUAAACAACUUUCACAUCUCUAUACUUUAGAAAAACUAGUAAUUACGCACAACAGUGAACUUUUUAGUGCUGCAACCUUCAUAGACAUGCCUAAGCUUCAGUAUGUGGAUCUGACCUCUAACCGGAUUACUUUAAAACGAUGCUGCUCGACACUUUUAUCUGGCACCCCUCAAAUCAGAUAUUUGAAUUUAAGUCUAAAUGCAGAAAUUGAUCUUGAUGUAGGAGCAUUUGAUGGACUUGAUUCCCUUGAGAUUCUAGAUUUCCACCAUACAAAGGUUGUAGAUAUGGGAUACCUUUCUAUUUUGUCAAACUUAAAGUAUUUGAGAUAUCUGGAUGUUUCUUAUUCAAGUAUCACUUUCACUAACAAAUAUUGCUUUUAUGGACUGAGCGGUCUUAAUGUUCUCAAGAUAGCUGGCAAUAAUUUUCAGGGUGAUGUAGUAAGAUAUUUAUUUAACAAUCUCACAGUUCUAGAGCACCUUGACAUGUCAUACUGUCGUAUGGUAGAGGUACACUCGAGCUCUUUUAAAAAUCUUCAAAGCCUUAGACAUUUGAAUCUCAGAGGAAACAAAUUAAUGGCUAUAGAUUUUCUUACCCACUCAAACCUGAAACAAUUAACAUCAUUUUAUGUUGAUAAAAACAGCAUUACUAGCAUCCCACUUGAUGUUCUCCAAAAGCUGCCAACAAACCUUUCAGAGUUUGAUUUGUCCUCCAACCCCAUCGAUUGCUCCUGUUCUCAGACAGAUUUUAUUUUGUGGAUUAUCCAAAAUCAGAACAUUUUAAAGCAACCAGGAAAUAUUUUCUGUAAAUCUUUUUCACUAAGCUCAGGUUUUAGAGCAGCAGACUUUGACAUUGACAGCUGUGUGCACAAGAAAAGACUCGCAAUCAUUUUAUCAGUAUGUUUUGUUACAUUAGUAGUCGUGUUAUCAGUCUUGGCUUAUAGGUUCCAGUUUUAUCUUCAGUAUUGCUGUAUUCUACUGAGAGGCUACAGAUCACCUGGACAACAAGAGUGUUCCUAUGACGCAUUUGUGAUUUUCUCCAGCUAUGAUGAAGACUGGGUCAUGAAUGAACUGAUGGAGAAUCUGGAGAACGGUGUUCCACCUAUUCAUCUUUGCCUUCACAUGCGGGACUUUCAAGCAGGGAAGUCCAUCGCCUCCAACAUUAUCGAUGAAGGAAUAAUGGGCAGCCGUAAAGUCAUUGUGGUUGUGUCUCAACACUUCAUUGAUAGCGCCUGGUGUCGCUUUGAGUUUGAAUUGGCUCAGUCCCGGUUUGUGAUGGAACGCAAUGCCAACAUCAUCAUCAUCAUUCUGGAAGAUGUGGAAGAGAGGAAGACUAAGAAAGUGUUUGGUCUUCAUAAGCAUCUGAAAAGGAACACAUACCUGAAGUGGAGCAGGGACCCUUUGAGUAACAUGAGAUUCUGGACAUGGCUCAGGAGAGCUAUUAUUGCCACAAAGCAAUAAUUGUUUAGAAAAUGGAUAAUUCCUAUGUACUCCUUCGAAUAGUUUGUCAGUACAGCUUUCCACUCAUGAUAAAUUUUAUAGCAGCUUUAGUAACAGUUUUGACUUAAUCAUUGUGUGUAUUUUUAAUAAAUAAACUGGUGCCUCAUUUUUCAGCCAUGCAUUUAAAGAAGCAUUUUAUGAUGUACUCAACAAUUUUUUGGCAAAGAUGUUAUUAUUCAUUGUAGAUACUGGAACAAUGGGUUUCAGUAAUGAAUAACUUCCCUUUUGGAACAAACAUGAAAAAGUACAACAAUAGAGUGUAAACAUAUUUAUGUCAAAUGCUAUGUGCUUUACAGUAAAACAGAUUCAAGCUCCA